AGUAUACUAUCUAAGAGAUAUUUAUAUAGUAUUUUAUUUAAUUUUGAAGGUCCUUCUCUAUCUCUGUCAAAGCUAAAAAAUAACUAAGAGAAAAUAGGUAUUGUUAACCUAGCAAUUCCUCUCUCACGCUCUCUGUGCAAAAUCGUUCCUCUCUUCAGACCCUUUUCUCUCAUCGACCCAUUUGAUCUCUCUCUCCCUCUGCCUUUACCUUUUUUUCAGAAUCUUAAACGCCGCCGUAUCUCCGCCGCGAUCUCUGCUUUUUAUAUUCUCUCGAUGGCUGACGGAAAAUUAGAUCUACCUGAUGAUCUCCUCUCCUCCAAAACCAGCUUCGACCACUCCUCUCUCAAAGUUUUAGGUGAAGCGUGGGAUGGGAACUUGGAGGACAAAGGACACGUGGGGUUACUUGAGGGCACCAAAGAUCAAGCAAUUUCAGAGAGCAAUAUACCUUUGUCUCCACAGUGGCUUUACUCUAAACCAUCUGAUUCUAAGGUGUUAGCUACUGGAACAUCUGGGGAUAUAAGAGCCACAAAUUCGUUGUCCCAUAGAACCUCUGGUGAUUCCAAUCUGAAAGAUAGUUGGCGUCUGGAUGGGUCUCAGGACAAGAAAGACUGGAGGAAGACUGCAGUUGAUCUUGAAAGCAGUCGCCGUUGGCGUGAAGAGGAGAGAGAAACAAGCUUACUUGGCCGAAGGGAUCGCAGAAAAGAAGACCGUCGGGCAGAUAUUUCAUCGAUGAGGGAUGUUUCUGAAAACAAGCUUACUUCUUCAGAGAGAUGGAAUGAUAUUAAUAGUCGUAGUUCAGGACAUGAAUCUCGAAGAGACAACAAGUGGUCUUCAAGAUGGGGUCCUGAAGACAAAGAAAAGGAUUCUCGAACUGAGAAGAGGACAGAAGCUGAGAAGGAAGAAGCCCUUACUGACAAACAAGCUUUUGUAAGUGGGGGGCGCAUAGCUUCUGACCGUGAGAAUGAUUCUCGUGAUAAGUGGAGACCACGACAUCGUUUGGAAAUUCAUGCAGGUGGGGCUGCUUCUCAUCACAGUGCUCCAGGUUUUGGUUUAGAGAGGGGACGAGUGGAGGGAUCAACUGUGCGGUUUGCAGCAGGACGAGGUAGAUCAAAUGCUAAUGUAAGCCUACAAAUUGGGAGGCCAAAAUCUGCUUCUGUCAUUGGAUCUCGUCCUCUGGACAAAAACAAAUCAUUUAACACAUAUUGCUACCCUAGAGGAAAACUGCUUGAUAUUUACCGCAAGCAAAAGACUGUUCCAAAUUUUCUCACUGUACCUGAUGAGAUGGAUCAUUUAUCACCAAUAACUCAGAAAGAAACUGUUGAGCCUGUAGCUUUUGUUCCUCCUGAUGCAGAGGAAGAGGCUCUCCUUGGAGAUAUAUGGAAGGGAAAAACUACAAGCAGUGGAGUGUCGUACAACACAGCUAGAGACACAAGUGGAGGGAAACAAAGUUCUACACUUAACAGGGAGGAUAGUGUUGAAUCAGAAAUAAAUAGUACAAAAGAAGGUGGGCAGAGACGUGUUUUACCAUCUGACACAGGUGUGACCCAUGCUUUGAUAUCAGAUAGGGAAAUUGAUGGCUCCAUAAAUGAUGCUGAUGAAAUAAAAUCUAUUGAUAAAGGACAAGUCUCUGAUUUGAAAAUGCAAAAGCUACCUAGGUUGGAGGAUAAGGAAUCAUCCAUUCAUUUUGGAGAGGGUGGCGAGCUUCCUGAAGACUCAGGUUCUCUAUUUGAUUUUUCAUCACUACAGGCUACCCUAAGCCAUAACCAGAUAGAUAUUAAGGGAAAUUAUGAGGCACAUUCACUGGAAAGUGUUAUCCCUCCUGAGGAUUUGAGUUUGUGCUAUCUUGAUCCUCAAGGGGUAAUUCAGGGACCAUAUCUGGGAAUUGACAUAAUUUCAUGGUUUGAGCAAGGUUAUUUUGGUACAGACUUGCCUGUUCGAUUGGCAGAUGCUCAGGAUGGAUCUCCUUUCCAAGAACUUGGCGAUGUCAUGCCACACCUAAGCAUGAAUUCUGGUUCUGCAUCCAGUGGUAGUGCAGUUAUGAGAAUGCAAUUACCCGAUUCUUUUGAAGGUAGCUUGGGUGAGACCAUAUCUACUUCUGCUUCUGCUCUUGAAUUUAAGGGGUCUGACAUUGGAUGUGAUCAUAAGCAGUCUUUGUCUGCUGUUGAGACUUCUGGAACUGAUUUUCAGUUAAGACGACUUACUCAAAGUUAUCCUUCUGAGUAUCAGUCUUCUGAAGAUCAAAGCCUCCAUGAAUUCGUUGCUGCUCAAGAAGAGGAAAUUAUUUUUCAUGGAAGGCCCACAAGUGCGGGGGUUGAUCCUUCUAAAAUUUCUGGUGAAGUUCAAGGUUCUUUUGGCAAUCCUGCAAGCCAUUUGUCCAUUACAGAUGAGUUUUCAAAAACCAAUAUACCUUCUCAUCGAGAUGACGAGCUGCAUCCCUUUGGUUUGUUGAUGUCUGAGUUGAGGAGCCCAUCUGGUUUGAAGUGUUCUCAAUCAUCUAAUAUAGCUUCCAGCAUCGGUGAUAGGGGGCAGUUUUUAGAUCCUUUGCUUGAUACAGAGACAAACUUUAGUGAUCACAGUGUUGUUCGUACAGUCCCUGAACAGACUUCUUUUCCUGAGGCUUGGCCUGAUGAUUAUAGAAGAAAUGCUUUGUCUAACCCUAACAUUCAUCUAGGAACUACUGGUGGUUGGCCCUCAUCUCACAAGGAGCACGAAGACAAUAGUUUUGGCCUUUUACGUCAGCUAAUAUCACAAAAGCUGCCCAAUGAACCACUUCAAGAGGAAAAUCAUUUCUCUCAUCCCUUUUCAUAUUCAGCUGGAUUUGAUGUGGAGCAUGUCCAGGGUUUCGAUCUUAUGCUGAGCAAAAAUCUCAACCGCCAGAGAUCAAUCCAUCAUUCAGAUCCUCAUAUGGAACACCUUUUGGAACUUCAGUUUCAACAGCAGCGGCAGUUGGAACUUCAGCGACAGCAGCAGCAGCAGCUGGAACUUCAGAGGCAGCAGCAGCUGGAACUUCAGCGGCAACAGCAGCAGCUGGAACUACAGCGACAGCAGCAGCAGCUAGAGUUACAGCGGCAGCAGCAGCAGCUAGAGUUACAGCGGCGGCAGCAGCUAGAGUUACAGCGGCAGCAGCAGUUGGAACUACAGCUACAGCAGCAGCAGCAGCAGUUGGAACUUCAGCGGCAGCAGCAGCUUCGUCACCACCAAAUUAAAUUGUUACAGGAGCAGCAGCAACAUCUACAGCUGCCACAUUCUCAAGCUCAGCAAUUGCUUCUUGAUCAAUUGCUGCAGCAUAAGAUCCCUGAUCCUGGUUAUGGUCAGCAAAUAUUUGAUGCUGCUAGAGACAACAUAAUCGAUCAGGUUCAGUUACGAAGGCAUCUCCUUGCUGAAUUGCAACAGAAUUCUCAUGCUUCAAGGCACCUGGAUUCAUCACUGGAGCAGAUCAUCCAAGCGAAGAUUAACCAGGGUGCACUCCAAGGGCAGCAUGCUGAGUUUUUGGAUUUCAUGUCACAGGCAAAGUAUGGCAAUAUGCUUCCUUCAGAGCAUCAGCUUCGUCUUCAACAAGAACACUUGCAAGCGCAGCAAUUAUCUAUGGCACUUAGGCAACAAUUAGGAAUGGAGGGGAAUAGAAGACUUGCUGGUUCAUUGUCUGUAGAUGACGUUGGUCAGUUUGUUGGGAAUCCUGGCAGUCAUCAUCAGGCUCAAUCUGUAGGGUUGAAUACUUCAGGUCUUUACCAGCAGAGGCUAUCAUCUCUUGAAGAGCAUAUCUGCAAUCUUAAGCAGAAUCAUGCUUUGGAGGACCUACCAGAGCGAGGGAUUUUUGACCCCAACUCUACAGCAUUUGGCAGGUUGACUCUUCCUGUAGCUGCUCCUGGAAUGAAAGUAGACAAUGCAAAUUCUCUAGAUCUAGCAGAACAUCUUUAUAUGCACUCCAACAACCAACUGGAUCCAUUUUCUUCAGGUAACCACUCUCUUAACCAGCAAGUUUUAAGCAAUGUAUACGCUUCUCAUCCUGGUGCAAUGGAGAGCUUCCAUGCAAGGAAAAAUGGGCAGCUAGAAAAUAGUUGGACUGCAAAAGAGAUACCACAAUUAAAUCUUGAAGCAGAACUGCAAAGAAGGGAGUCUGAAGUUGAUUCAAGUGCUUGGGCAUCAGCUGGAGGGGUUAAUGAAAACUCUAAGAAGGCUUUAAUGGACCUUCUUUACCAAAAACUUGGUAUUCAAUCUAUGCAAUCAUCAGAAAUCGAUCGUCAGAAUUCUACUUCAUCUUCCAGAGGGCGGGAAACCUUUUGGCCUGUUUCUGGGCCACAAACUUCCAAUUUUCCUUUUAAUCAUUUUCCAAAUCAGGAAGUUCAUGUGAACAACUUGUUUCCGGAAGGCCAUCAAAAUUCUAAUUCAAGUGCCUUGUUGCAAGGUCAUUUGUUUGGAGUUGCUUCAAGUGCAUCUGCCAACCACAUGGUUAACUGUGAAAGAUUGCCUCUUAAAGCCAAUUCUGGCUCAUUUGCAGAAGAGCAGUCAUUCUUGUUGGGCAUUGAAGAUCCUUCUCGUAGUUGCUAUGCAGAUGCUAGCUUGAUGGGAAAAUCAGCUGUGGAUAAAGAAAUAGCAGAACUGGAAGGAAAAGACAAAGAAAAUGGAAUGAAAGGCAUGAGUACAAGGAAUGGUUCUGUGUCAGGGUCUGAGGACAAUGUAUUAGAGCAAGUAGAGACAACCUUGGACUGUGGUGACCUACCAAGUGGCAUCCAUAGUCGGCAUAGUUCUCUUGGAAUCGAUGGAAGCGGCAGGUUGUAUGGGUAUGAAAUUGGAGUAGAUAAGUCAGCUGGAGAAGAUGUUUCUAAUGAUAGGUUACCUUCAAUGCUGCCAAAUGGGCUUGACAAAGUUCCACAGAAAUGCCCAACCGUGCCACGGGUUUCUUCAUCCCAGGAUGUCUUUUCUGAUCAAAGCUCACUGUCAUUUGUCAAGCAGAAUAAUUCUGCAAGCCUUGCAACUUCUGAUGAAGGAAAACAGGGGACUAUGGCAAAUCUAGGAACGAUGAGGAGUGUAGAAACUCAGGCAUCUAGCAAGAAAGACCUCCGUUCUAGGAGGACCUCAUCUUGCAAUGAUGCUGCAGUGUCUGAAGCAUCAUUCAUUGAGAUUCUAAAGAAGCCGGUUCUACGUGGGAUUGAGGCAGCUAACAGCACUUCUUUGGAACCAUCUGAUGGUGCAACACAAGCUGGACGAAGUGGCAAGAAGAAAGGGAAAAAGGGAAGACAGAUUGAUCCUGCUCUACUGGGUUUCAAAGUCACCAGCAACCGUAUAAUGAUGGGUGAGAUCCAACGCCUUGAUGAUUGACAGCCUCCACUUACUUUGUACAUUCCAUGUAAAUCCUCUAACCUUUCUUUUGUAGGUAAAUUGUUGUACAGCAUAUUUGAGUAGCAUAGGCAAUUGAUUAAAUUUUUUUUUUCUGAAAAAGAAUUAGUUUUUGUUCGAAGAAGCAACAUGUGUGAUCACUUUUUGUUUCUGUAAGAAUUAGGCUCACGAUGCCUAAAUAAUGUCCAGUUGCAUUAUGGAAUUAGCUUUGUUAUUGGGGGCGUAAA